GUGUGUGUUAGUAUUUCCUAAAUAUCCCCACUUUACGGAUUAUUCGUCCACACAUUUAGACUUGAACCAGCAGGUGGCGUAAUGUGCAGCAGUCAGCCGUUAAAAUAAAAAACAAGGAAGAGAUGUGAACAAGGAAGUGAUCCAGGACCUUCAGAGGCAUGAGAUUCCUCCAGUAAAGCGCUUUCCUGCGGAUUGUGUGCAUCUCUUCUGAAGCGUGGUUGAACCGUAAUGGCUCGGAGCUUCCCGACGGUCGGUGCGGAGAGCCGGGAGGAGACCCACUGGACUUAAAGGGACGGACGGACGGACGGACGGACGGGAGAGGAGCUGCUGUUUUGACAGCUGGGAUUAUCCUCCACUGUCCCUCUGUCUGCCUCAGAGAGACAAUCCGAACCGAACUGAGGUAAAAACUUCAAGCAGAGGAAUCCUCUUCAUGCUGAGGGGAACCUGAGGGGCUGACGGUAAAGAAAAGGUUCCCACCAUGGCUUCAGCCCGGCUGAAGUACCUCUCCCUGGGCGUGCUGGUAUUCCAGACCACCUCGCUGGUGCUGACGAUGCGGUACUCCCGCACCCUUCAGGCCGAGGGCCCGCGGUACCUGGCGUCCUCGGCUGUGGUGGUGGCAGAGGUCAUGAAGAUCCUCGCCUGUGUGCUGCUCGUUUUCAAGGAGCACAGUUACAGCAUGCGAGCUCUGAACAGCAUCCUGCGUCAGGAAAUCCUCCAUAAACCUUUGGAGACGCUGAAGCUGGCCAUCCCCUCGGGGAUCUACACGCUGCAGAACAACCUGCUGUACGUCGCCCUGUCCAACCUGGACGCCGCCACAUAUCAGGUGACGUACCAGCUGAAAAUCCUGACCACGGCCCUGUUCUCUGUCUCCAUGCUUGGCCGCAGGCUGGGGGUGUACCAGUGGCUCUCCUUGCUGAUCCUGAUGGCCGGAGUGGCUCUUGUGCAGUGGCCCUCUGACUCUGCGGCGGGCCCAGAGAAGGAGGCCCGCUCCGCAGGCUCCCAGUUCGUUGGGGUCACGGCCGUUCUGGUGGCGUGCUGCUCCAGCGGCUUUGCCGGCGUCUACUUUGAGAAGAUCCUGAAGGAGAGCAAACAGAGCGUGUGGGUCCGCAACAUCCAACUCGGAAUGUUCGGCCUUGUGUUUGGCCUCUUUGGCAUGCUAGCAUACGACGGGGAGCGGGUGAGAGAGUCUGGGAUGUUUCAGGGAUACAACACAAUCACCUGGACGGUCGUAGCCCUGCAGGCGCUGGGUGGUCUGGUCAUAGCAGCGGUCAUCAAGUAUGCGGACAACAUCCUGAAAGGUUUCGCCACGUCACUCUCCAUCAUCCUGUCCACUCUCAUAUCCUACUUCCUGCUACAGGACUUUGACCCCUCAAGUGUGUUUUUCCUCGGGGCAGUUUUGGUCAUCACCGCCACUUUCCUGUACGGCUAUGAAGGCAAGCCGCCAGCCAACCCCAGCAGGGCAUAAGCUGACUCUACGGUGGCUUCAGGAGGUCCAGUUGAAGCCUCAAGACGGCGGGAAGGAGAAAGGACAGACAAGAGCGCUAAGGGGACAGAAAAAAGUACAGAUGAAGGGGAAGGUGGAAGGUCUUCAUCACAUAUUGUGAGCAGAGGACAGAAAUGCAAGCACAACACUGUGGUUGGUCUCACACCGAAAGUGCCUCACUUCUGAAGGAGAAGUGAUUUUUAUUUUUUUUUGGGGGGGGGGGAGAAAACACAAGAAUGUGUUGUUCUCUUUUUACUGUGGCAGAGAGGUCCUGGCUGCCACGUCUGCAGGGAAAGGACGGACUGAUUGCGUUCAUGAAGGACCAGUUUGACAAGCAGUAACCGUUUACUGCCACGCCGGUCACACCCAUGCAGUAAAUGAUUGCAGAGGAAGAGAGAACCUCUACAGCCAUAGUAUUUAUUGCUCUUUUUGUCCAUUCUAAGCAAACAUUAGAACUUGAUGUGAGAUGCUGACUCACUCUGGCUGAAAAGGGUCCAGUGUAGUUCAGGUGUUACACGCCCUUCACACACACUUGAACUGUAGUGGCCUGCACACUUUAUGGCACCCCUAAUGAAGACGGGGGGGGGGGAGGGUCAACUUAAAUUAGGCUGUUAUUGAUGACGUAUAAAUUCACUCUGAGCAAUUUUUAAAAACCCUAACCCAUCAUCCUAACCCUAACCCUUUAUUUUAAGGUGAUUUAUCCCACAUUGCAACAGAAACAGCACAUGUGCUAACAGUGAGUUUAGUAAAAAAUUAUUAUUUCUCAAUAUUCUAAAUAUUUCCUAGUGUGUAAGUUCGCCUAAACGAAAGGUUAGAGUUCUCUCAGCUUUACCAGGGCUGCCAGUGAGUGUGAAUGGUUCUACAAACACAUUUUAGAAGACAAGUCUUAAGACACUGACGGAUUCAAUGACUACAACUUGUGUUUUCUGAAGGACUGCUUUCUUUCUUUAGACGCAGUCUGUAAAAUGUCUUCUUGUUGGCAAACUCAGACAGAUUCUGUGACGGGAUUGCUCUGCCGUUGUCUCAGCCAGCUGGAGUCAAACGUCUGACUGUAAUUUGGAGUAAAAUGUUUGACUGAUGAAUGAACCGAGCAGCUUCUGUGACACCACUUAAAGUAAAAACUGGUGAUUUGGUUCAUUUUAGAACUUGAAAUAAUCUUUUAAUCAGUAAUCAGUCUUUAGUUUAACUGCAGUAAUUUGGCUUAGGUUUACAUUGUUCCGUUUAGGCCAAUGAUGAUGGUGAAGCUCUUUGUUUUAUAUUUUAUUUUUAUUUUAUUUUUAUUUUUUAUUUUUUGCAGCAUAUUGCAUUGACUCUGUGGCCAAACAAUGAAA